AUGUGCGGCCGGUGCUCCUUUGGGCCGGUCGACGCGUUCGGCUGCUCCGACCUCAUGGGCCACCACGGGGAGGAGCGAGCUGGCACGAGGAUCGACAACGCGUGCCCGGCCUGCGGCAACUUUGCGAGAUCCAUCGAGGACUGGCCGCUUUGGGACGGCGUCCUGCGCACCGCGAGCGACUGCGUCCCGCAGCCGCCCGCCGAGGAGGAGGCUGCGCGGCGGCGGCGGCGUCAGGAGGAACUCGCCUCGCAGCGGGCAGCGCUCGAGGCGUCGUGGCUCGCAGAUGAUGGGUCGGAUGAAUGGGCUCGUGAGGUGGAGUGGGCGAGGGAGGCGGAGGAGAUGGAGGAUGCGUGGCUGUGGCACCGGCAGCGCUUCGAGCCGCGCUGGCGCUCGCGGUCCCGCUCGCCGGUCCGGCGCCCGCGCUUCGAGCGCAACCAGCGCCACCAGCGCCGCUUUCAGUCGCGCUCGCCGGACCGCUCCCGCGCCCCGCCGCUCUGGCGCCAGCGCUCGAGGGAGGCGGAGGAGAUGGAGGAUGUGUGGCUGUGGCACCGGCAGCGCUUCGAGCCGCGCUGGCGCUCGCGGCGGGUGCUGCAGGACGCGCACGGCCACGCGCUCUCGGGCGAACCUCCGUCGGCGGACGCGUGGGUGAGCGGCGAGUCGGAGGAUGACGCGUCAGACUCCGAGUCGCCGCUCGAAGGCGGCAUCCUUGGCAUACUCGGCCCGUCGGGCGCGGGCAAGACAACGCUGCUGCGGAUCCUCGCUGGCCAUGCGCUGCCCGAUGCGGGCCGUGUCCUGCUCGACGGCGCCGAGUAUGACGGCGCCACUGCGGAGAGGAUCGGAUACGUGCCGCAGGAAGAGAAGCUCUACGGCUGCCUCACGGCGAGCGAGACGCUGAUGCUGGCAGCGCGGCUCCGCGCGGUGCCCGCCGCCUCGCGCGGCCAGCUCGUCACCGACACCCUCGCCGCCCUCGGCCUGACCAGCGUCGCAGCCUCUCAAGUCGGCCGCCUCUCGGGCGGGGAGCGGAAGCGCGUCUCCGUCGCCACCGAGAUGAUGCACUCCCCAUCCCUCCUCCUCCUCGACGAGCCAACCUCGGGACUCGACGCCAACGCCGCCCGCGCGCUGCUCGGAUCGCUGCGCGCCCUCUGCCCGCGCCUCGCCGUCGCCCUCACCAUCCACCAGCCGGGGGCAAAGCUGUGGGCGCAGCUGUCGCACUGCUGCCUCCUCGCGCCGGGCGCGCGGAGAGAUGCUCCUCCGCGGGAGAUCGCACGCGAGAUCAGCCGAGGCGCCCUCUUCUUCAUGCUCACCACGCAGGCGCGCUCCGCCCUCUGGGCGCCGCUGCCGUACUUCCUCGCGCGCUCCGCCGCCGAGACGCUGCUGCAGGCGACCGCCGCCGCCGCCUUUGGCGCGGCCUGCUACUGCCUCGUCGGCCUCGCCCCCACCGCCGCCCAGUUCUCCUUCUUCCUCGCGCUCGUCACCCUCGCCACUCUCGUCGCCGAGUCGUACGUCGUGAUGGUCGGCACGCUGCUCUCGGACGAGAAGGCGGCGGCGCUCGUCGCGCCGCUGCUGCUCGCGCUGAUGAUGGCCUCAGGCGACGCCUCCCCUCGCCUUCCCCUCGUCUCUCGCGGCUUCUUCGUCUCGCACGCCUCGACGCCGCCCCUCUUCCACGUGCUCAACACCGUCAACCUCUUCCGGUACGCGUAUGCCGGCCUGCUGCGCAACGAGCUGGCGGGCCUCUCCUUCCGCUGCACCGAGCACGAGCUCGUCGGCCCGCCGCGGCCGCCGCGCGCCGCCCGCCUCGCCCUCCGCGCCGCGCGCGUCCGCUGGCCAGCCAGGGUCUGCCCCAUCUCCACCGGCGAGGCGGCGCUCGAGCGCAUGGGCGUCUCGGACCUGACGCCGGCCGCGGCGUGCGGCGCGCUCGUGCUCAUGGGCCUCGCCUACCGCGCCGCCGGGUAUUGGGCGUUGCGCCGGCGCUUCCGCUCGCCGUUGGCCUAG